GGCGCAAGCCUGACUUCCAUUGGCUGCAGCCUCUUUCCUUGUCAUGUUCAGCCGAGUCCAUUCAACCCUAGCUCGCCGCACCCGCUGCGCCUUGCAUUCCCACUUCCUAUCAACCAACCUAGCCAGGUUACCAUCUGUCUCCGAGCGCCCUGCCGCGCUGCCCCUCAUUGCCCAAGCCAUCCGGCCCAGCUCGAGCUUCCCAGCUGCUCGCGGCCCAACCGCUUUCCAGCGCCCCCUUUCCUCCGCUCGCCUUCUUGCCUCCCAUCCCGCCUCCACCUCCUCAGCCCAUUCCCAGCAGCUCCAGCCCUUCAGCAGCAGCACCGCCCCAGCCACGCCCGCCCCCGCUCCCACUGCUGCUCCAUCCCUCGACAUGUCGGCAGUCGUGAAGGACCACUCCAGUCAGAGUAACUUUCAUGAGCUUCGUGUCGUCCACAGCUCUUACGAGCUGGAUGUCGACUUCGAGCGGCGAGUGCUGGAGGGCUAUGUGGAGCUGGACGCAGUAGCCCAGGUGCCCGCCCCCUCCCAGCUGGUGCUCGACACCCGCGACCUAUCCAUCACCGCCGUGCACCUGCUGCCACUGCCACUGCCGGGGGAGCAGCAGGGGCAGGAGCAGGGCCACCCGGCAGCUGACCCGGUGCCGCUGGAGUUCAAUCUGGGGGAGCGGCACAAGGUCCUGGGCUCGCCGCUGGUCAUCCGCCUGCCUCCCGCGCUGGCCCCCUCCCUGCAGCAGCCCGGCGGGCGGGUGCGGGUGGCGCUGCGCUUCGCCACCUGCCCCUCCUCCUCCGCGCUGCAGUGGCUAAGUCCGCAGCAGACUGCGGGCGGCAGCCACCCCUACCUGUUCACGCAGUGCCAGGCCAUCCAUGCGCGCGCACUGGUGCCGUGCCAGGACUCCCCGGGUGCCAAGAUGUCGUACGAUGCGGUGGUGCGGGUGCCGUACCCGCUGACCGCCCUCAUGAGCGCCGUACCGCGGGAGGAGGCGGGGCAGGGGCAGGGGCAGGGGGAGCAGCCGGAUGUCCCCCACCUGGCAUCCGUACAGCACCCCUACCCCACCCGCACCUUCGCCUUCAUGCAAAAGGUCCCCAUCGCCCCCUACCUGGUUGCUCUGGCGGUGGGGGAGCUGGAGAGUCGCGAGCUGGGCCCCCGCACGCGAGUGUGGAGCGAGCCCAGCAUGGUGGAGGCGGGGGCGCACGAGUUCGCGGAUACGGGGAGCUACCUGGAAGCAGGCGAGGCAAUCGCGGGGGAGUACGUGUGGGGGCGGUACGACCUGCUGCUGCUGCCGCCCUCCUUCCCGUACGGAGGAAUGGAGAACCCCUGUCUGACCUUCGUCACCCCCACCCUGCUGGCCGGGGACAGGUCCCUCACCAAUGUGGUGGCGCACGAGAUCGCGCACAGCUGGACCGGCAACCUGGUCACCAACGCGUCCUGGGAGCACUUCUGGCUCAACGAGGGCUUCACGGUGUUCCUGGAGCGCAAGAUCGUGGGGCGGCUGCGCGGACCCGCCGCCUUCCACUUCCACGCCGCACAGGGCGCCCUCACGCUGGAGGCGGAGCUGGCGCGGCUGGGGCCCGACCACCCGCACACCGCGCUGGUGCCCGACCUGAGCGGCGGGGUGGACCCUGACGACGUGUUCAGCAGCAUCCCCUACGAGAAGGGCUUCUACUUCCUCUUCUACUUGCAGGAGCUGGUGGGCGGGCCGGAGGUGUUCGACCCCUUCCUGUCCGCCUACAUCUCCGCUCACCGCCACCGCACCCUCACCAGCGGGCAGUUCCGCGACUUCUUCCUAAACUACUUCAAAGACGUCCCCGCCUCCCGCACCGUGGACUGGGACACCUGGCUGUACGCCCCCGGCCCCCCGCCCGCCACCAACACGUACGACACCUCGCUGGCGCAGGCGGCGUACGACCUGGCUAGCAAGUGGCACACAUGCGAUGUGAUUGGCCUCGGAAGCGACGGCCCUCCCGGCGCCUCCCCCGCCGACGUGUCCGGCUGGUCCUCUGAGCAGCUGGUUGCCUUCCUGAAGCGGCUGGGGCAGCUGAGGGCGCCGCAGCCCAUGCACAAGCGUACGACAGCCAGGCUGGCGGAGCUGUACGGCAUCUACGAAUCCAAGAACACCGAGAUCCGUUUCGCGUUCUUCAAGCUCGCCAUUCCCGCCAAGGACGAGGCCGCCAUGUCCGCAGCCUCCGACAUGCUGCGGUCGCAGGGCCGCAUGAAGUUCUUGCGCCCGCUCUACCGCGCCCUGUUUAGCCAGGGCGGACCCGUGGGUCGGCAGCUGGCGCUGGACACCUUCGCGGCGGCGGGCGCCUCCUACCACCCCAUUGCGCAGAAGAUGGUGGCGGCGGACCUUGGGCUGUGAAAUGGGGGGAGAAGGUGUAGGGCUGUGAACGAAGUGGCUGUUGGGGGUGGUGCGGGGUUGAGGAGCGAGUGGUGGGGUUUAGGGGGAGGCGCUUGGUUAGGAGUGCUGGGCGGCGUGCUUGUUGUGCCAUGCAAGGCAACGUGCGGUUACACGCAUGAAGGUGAUGUCAAUGGCUCCGUUGAUUGCGAGGCGUCCGCCGGGCCGAGACAUACACUAGAUGGGGGAAGUGGUGUCGUGGGGAAUAUAUAUAUAGCGGUGUGUUUACGGCAGAGUGUGUCAGAGGAUCUGAACAACUGAACGUUUCCCGCUUACCCUUGGUUAUCAGUGGAAUACGCUGUGCGGAGAGGGCUUGGUGCCAAAGGGGAUAUAAGGUGUUGGUAGUACUGCAGUGGAUGGUGGGUGAGUGCUGAUACAGAGUCAUGCUAUGUGGAUUUCUUG